AUGUUUAAUCACAUGAUUAAAUAUCGAGAGGAAGACUGCAGUGGAAAGCUCCCAUUUGGACCGCAAAUCACCUCAUUGCUGGCAAUUUUAGGGGUCGAUUUGCGUGGGAAACUUACUAACCGAGAGGUUCACAAUGACCUCCAAGCCCAGCAUGUUCUUCGCCGCACGCUUUCGGUGCUUGGACCCAGAAAGCUUGCCAAAGUUCAAGGGGGAGACAAAGCUGCUAAGUCUGGAACAGAUUCUGAAGAAGAGGUCAAUGAAGUGGAAGAUGAGACCUGGGUAAAGGGCAAGGCAGCAGAGCUAACUGCUGUUGAAAUCAGUAGUCUUGACAAAGGAAAAGGGGUAGUCAAAUGGUCUACAAAGCGGAAGAAGUCUCUGAGAAUGGAUCACGUGCAGGAAGGAAUAAGGCUGGAAAAGGAAGGAAAAAGCCUUAUUCGUGACUUCACCUUGGCCCUGAAGGGAAAAAAGGCAAGUUCUUCUUGCAAGCGAGUCAACAGGGUCUUAUUCGUACCUUCAGAGGAUGCGGAAGUCCAUCCAUCUGAAUAUGCCUCAUCUGCGGAGUACACCUACUAG